AUGGGUAAUUUAGAUGAUGAUGUACCAGUUUCUGGUAAUAAUCAGUCUUACCAACAACUACAGCAGCCACCAGCUCAACAACAACCAUACGAUCCGCAACAACCAAUGGUAGGAAAUCCAUACAAUGGUAAUCCGAUUUACAAUAGCUAUUUCCCGCCACCCCAACAGCAACAACAACAACCACAACAAGGAUAUCAACAACCAAUCUAUCAACCACCACAACAACAGCAACAACAACAACCAGCACCAUACCAACACAACUACUAUGCUGCACCAAAUAACGGUGCCUAUAAUGUUGCACCAACCUAUCAGAAUCAACAGUAUGAUGCCAAUCAACCAUUGCUCGGACAACAACAACAAGCACCACCACAACAAAUGCCUGGUGCCGCUCCAGGAAUGGUGCCAAUCAUGAUUCCACCACAGCAAUUCGUCUACCAUGAGACCGAAGCAAAGUUCCCAGUCGCACCAAAGCGUCAGGACGUUCUCUAUACCGUCUUAUUUGUUGUUCAUCUCACUGUUUUCGCUAUUAUUUUCUUUAUCUCUCUCGGUAGACAUCCAUACUACUACUACUACAACUACAAUUAUUCCUACAGCUACGGCGGUGGAUACGGUCAGUUGAUUUUGAGUUUAUUUGUCAGUGUCGUUGUUUCUGCACUCUAUAUUUACGGUUGGUUGAAGCUGGCUCAAAACCAUGCUCGUCCACUGAUUCUCUACACCUUUAUCGCCAACAUCGUCUUGACAGCCGUUAUGAUGAUCGUCGCAUUCGCACUCGGUAACAUCUUCCUCGGCAUCAUCUUGGUGAUUAGUGUCGUCGUCUUGUUUGUCUUUUUCCUCGUGUGGCGUAAGAGAAUCGACUUUACCGCCGCUCUCCUCACCACCUCUGUCCAGUUGCUACAACGUUUCCCAGCCGCCUUUAGAAUCGGAUUCUACUCGAUGGCAUUCAAUUUCGUUUGGCUGAUCCUCUGGACUGCCGCCGUCUCUAGAAUCUACUGGACAUUCUCCGAUGCCGGCUACUACUUCCUCUCGAUCUACAUGGUGUUCUCCUUCUACUGGGUGACCAACGUCAUCAAGAACGUCGUACACACCACCGUUUCCGGUUUGUUUGCAUCGUGGUACUUCCUCGACGGCUCUGUCGGAAUGGGACCAAAUCCAACACUCGGUUCGUUCCGUCGUGCCAUGACUACCUCGUUCGGAUCGAUCUGCUUUGGAUCGUUGUUGAUCGCCAUCAUCUCGACCAUGCGUUACAUGGCCAACCAAUUGCAAUCCUCGGACAACGGUCUCCUCAAGUUUGUCGGUUGCAUCCUCUCCUGUAUUCUCUCGAUCAUGCAAUCGGUCGUCCAAUUCAUCAAUGUCUACGCCUACACCCAAGUCGCCAUCUACGGAAAGUCGUACUGCGACGCAGCCAAGGACACCUUUGAGCUCUUCAAGAACCGUGGUGCCGACUUGGUCGUCAACGACAACUUUAUCAGCACUGCUCUCUCAAUGUCUGUCUUCCUUGCAGGUAUGAUCGGUUGUAUCUUUGGUGUGAUCGUUUCGCAAAUCGGAUACAGCUCUGCCUACGGUGGUGUAUUUGCCUUCUUCACCACCCUCUCAUUUGUCUUGGUCGCCCUCGAAGUCGUCUACUCUGGUGUCGUCACCACCUUUGUUUGUUUCAUGAUGGAACCAAACAUCCUCGCUCAAAACCAACCAGAGAUUUACAACCUCUACACCACCACCUACAACAAGUUAAUUCUUUAA